GCACCGCGCCGGAUUUCGCUGCAGAGUCCCUGCUGAUCGCCCCACGUCUUGCGGAUAGCUUCGACUGGACUGACAAAGGCGCUGUUGGCCCAGUGCGGGACCAGCAGGCGCUGGGGUCAUGCUGGGCUGUGUCCACUGCUGAGGCAGUGGAAGGCCAGGUGGCGGUCACCACUGGCAAGCUCGUGCCGUUGUCGCCAGAGCAGUUGGUCGAGUGCGACGCAAGCACGGAUCCAUCUUGUGGUGGAGGCAAGGGGUGUGCUGAUUGCGGCAUGUUUGGGGGCUGGCCCUACCUGGCCUACCAGUACCUUGAGAAAGCUGGCGGCAUGUUCAGUGAAGCAGACUGGCCUUAUUGGGCGACUGGUAUGUACCCUUGCAUGCCACAAGGCUACAGCAAACCUCUUUGUGGCAACCACGAUGACCUCUUCUGCAAGGCCAACUCCACGAAAGGUCAGGGCCCGCUGCACCUCUGUCAUGCCUCCCACGGCUUCGCCGUGCGCGUGACUGGUUGGAGGGCGCUCAGCCGCAACGAGACUGAACUGGCAAUGCAGAUGGUGCAGUAUGGGCCGCUGUCCGACCGUGACAUCUUGGGGAAGACGAAGCCCUACUGGAGGCUCAAGAACUCCUGGGGCACCUCCUGGGGCGAGAAAGGCUUCUUCCGCUUGGAGCGGGGAACUGGACGUUGCGGUGUGAACCUUGCAGCGACGACGGCACGCGUGGCCGAGACGGAGCUUUGGGCGGAUGAGGACUGGAAAGAGUUCGUGAAGCACCAGGUAGGUGCCUGGCAGACGGUCUCUGACGUCCUGUCUAUCCCUGCGCUGUACAACUUCCGCGGCUGGGAUCUGCAGGAGAUCGAAGCCAUAAAUCCCGACGAGGACGUGAUUUCCUUCCUUAAGGGCCUCGCCAACGACAUUGGCGACACGUCGGAACAGCUCCACCUUCUCGCGGAGUUGGAUCCGCAGAAGAAGGCGGGCCUCAGGCACCUCCAGGCAUCGGCUUCAAAGAAUCCUGCGGCUGCGCAGCCAUGGGCUCAGCCUCAGCGCGAUGUUGGUGGAGGUCAGGAAUACUGA